AUGCAGCCACAGACCCGGGCUGAGGGGACCCCAAGCUGGAGGAGGCGUCUUCCCAGCCAGCCGUAUCCGCCGUCUGCUGCGCAGCUCGCCCGCGUCUCGUCUCCUCUCUCUCUUUACAAUGUCCAAGAGGGAGAUGAGGUCCAGGUCCAGGUCCAGGUCCAGUUCAGGUGCCGCUGGCAGAUGAGGUCUCGAGCUGAACUCGGCUUGUCGUCUUCCUACAACUUUGUUACCAAGCUCGAGCAGCAUCUCGUCUCUCGCUUCAACUUCUCGUCCGUUCUCUCAUCCACCUUCAUCUCGACUCACGAUUUCAUCCGACGUCGCAUCUCAUAUCCGAAGACCACCCGCUCCGACACCCACACCGCCCGCAUUCUCUAA